AUGGCGAAUCUUGACUCUCUCAAGUGGGCCCUAACGCAAAAGGUGGCCACAGCGGCGCCUUCAUCGAAGCAGCCCUUGUCAGACAAACAGUACCAGGAUGGCUUCAAUAGUUUUAUGCAAGGCUCAGGCUGGGCCAACUACCAAGACUUUAUUAUCCCCCAAAUGUCUAUGGUAUUGACCCCCAUCUUCGACUCGCGUGUUUAUAUCUCAGUGCUAGAAAUUGGGCCCGGGCCGAAGAGUGUACUGGGAUAUCUUCCAGGCCAUAUGAGACUGAAGAUCAAGAAGUAUACCGCAUUUGAACCUAACCUUCUCUUCGCAACAAUGAUGGAGAAAUGGCUUCGGCCUGACUUACCAAUGGAGUCACCGUUUCCUGGCCUAGAGGGUUUUCCCAUAAUUCAUCAAGAGCCAUUUAGCAUGCAUGAAGGUAGAAAGACCCACACAGCUAGCACCACCGGUGGCCCUGAUGAGAAAUAUGACGUGAUUCUGUUUUGUCACAGCAUGUAUGGCCUCAAUCCUAAACCGAAGUUCAUUGAACGGGCUCUGGAAAUGCUUGUCAAACAACCGGAGGGUAUGUUGCUAGUUUUUCACCGCGAUGGAAAUCCGAAUUUUGACGAGCUAGUGUGCCAUCAAACGACUUCGUUUCCAACCGGGGAGAUUUGUGUUCUAAAUGACGACAGCACGCUCGAUGGCUUUGCUUCUUUUAUCGUAGGAUUCAAAUUUCAAGAUAGAGAGGUAGAUGAAGCUACCCGGAGAGAGUGGCGCCAGGUUUGCCGUACCCUGGGUCGCCGCACCGAAGCUCAGCCCAACUAUCUCUUUUUCAGCUCGCCUGAUUUGAUGAUGGCCUUCACCAAACAUUCGACUGCUCUAUCCGAGCUGAAAACCAAGGUGCCAUUUUUGGAAAGACCCAUGCCAGUUAAAAAUUGGGAGGCUCGCCUUCACCGCCCUGCAUUGAUUGCCAGACCAACAGACAUUCAACAAAUCCAACAUUGUAUCCAAUGGGCUAUUGGGCAUAAGACUGGCCUCACCGUUGUUGGCGGUGGUCACAGUGCCCACUGUUUACGGCCGAAUAUCGCCGCGAUUGAUAUGGCUGCGUUUAACAAAAUACAUCUCUAUCAGGCCGGAGAUGAGAAAAAAGGCUCCAGUCCAGAUCACAUUCCCUUAGUCAUGGCCGAAGCUGGCUGCAAGGUAGGGGAUAUUAUUCGUAAAACAAUGGAAGCCGGACUGACUGUUCCAUUGGGUGCACGCCCAAGUGUGGGGGCUGGGCUCUGGCUGCAAGGCGGUAUCGGACAUCUGUCUAGACUGUACGGGCUCGCAUGCGAUGCUAUAGUCGGUGCCGUUGUCAUCAGUGUCAAAUCUAGCCAGGUUUUCUGCAUUGGCCACGUACCAACUCAACACUGGCCUACGGGCGCUGUCCGUCCAAAAAACGAAAUGGAUCUCCUAUGGGCAUUAAGAGGCGCGGGAACUAAUAUUGGCAUAGUAGUCAGUGUAGCCUUCAAGGUGUUUGCUGCACCGGCCUAUUUAGUUCGAAAAUGGAUUGUUCCUUCAACAGAUAGCCACGAUGCGCAGCUAAUGAUCAGCAAUUUUGAGAGGUUUGCAAAGAAAUUGCCCCAAAACUGUUCUGCAGAUGCAUAUUUAUACUGUGAAGCUGGAGAGAUGCGUCUUGGUAUAACGAUGUUCGAAACUUCCACACCUAGCUACGACUCGCAGCCCCUUCAGCCCACACCCAUACCCCCAGACACGUUUUUGGGCCCAGCAGAUAGCCUGGAGUAUAUGGACGGCGUUGAAGUGUUUGAUGCCGAGAUGUACGUCUCUGAAAUACAUGGCGGGCAUGGCGGCAGCAAGACAUCGUCGUUCAAGAGAUGUUUAUUUUUGAAGUGCAUUGGGCAAAAGGCCACUGAAAUACUGAUGAAGGCAAUUAGAACUCGACCGUCACCACUCUGUUACUUCCAUUUGCUUCAUGGGGGCGGCGCAGUCCGUAACAUAGCAAUUAGUGACACUGCUUUUGGUUGUCGGGACUGGAGCUAUGCGUGUGUUGUGACUGGCGUGUGGCUCCGAGACCUCGAUGGCACCACGAUAGCUCAAGAUGUCGUGCAAUGGGUAUACAAUGUCGUUAAUAGCUUGUUGCCCUUGAGUUGCGGAACUUAUAGUGCAGACUUGGGGCCCGAUCCAAGAGAUAUGUCAUUAUCUGUUAAGGCCUUUGGGCCAAACCGGCAGCGCCUCGCCAAGUUGAAACAUGUCGUGGACCCCUUCAACGUAUUGAAGUACACUUGCCCACUUCCACGGGCGAUGGCAGCGCAGAAACUAAUCAUUCUGGUCACUGGCGAAAGCUGCGCUGGGAAAGACUACUGCGCCAAUGUCUGGGUCUCCGUAUUUAUGAGGAACACCCAUAAACAACUUACUGCACGCGCAGUCAGCAUUAGUGAUGUCACCAAGCGAGAAUAUUCAGAAGCUACUGGGGCUGACUUGAAGCGUCUCCUUUCGGAUCGAGCAUAUAAAGAACAGCACCGAUCCGCCUUAACAAUUUUUUUCCAAAGGCAGGUCCAGCAGCAAUAUCAGCUUCCAGAACAGCACUUCCUAGAUGUAGUACAUCAUGCUACCGAUGUUGAUGUGCUCCUAAUCACAGGAAUGAGGGACGAGGCUCCAGUUGCAACAUUUUCACAUUUGGUACCAGCCAGCAGACUGCUCGAAGUUCAUGUUAGAGCUAGUGGCAAGACCCGCGGGGUUCGGCGAACUGGCACUGAAAUCGGCUAUAACGCCUGCGACAAAAACACCAAGGACAGCAAUCAUGGUCUAGCAGACUUAAAUCACCGCCCCGAAUUCAUCUUCGACAACGACACUGAUGGAAGGAAGGUAGCAGACAGCUUUGCGCAAAAGUAUUUGUUUCCUUUCUUGCACGAAGAUCUUCAGCGGCUCUCCAGCAUGGUGAAUUUGGUAUCCGAAUUUCCACGACCGACCAUUGAGUUUCGUCACGUACUCAACAUCUGCCAGCAGCCAGGUGGGUUACAUCUGUGCACAUCUUUGCUGCAGUCUCAUUUUACAGGUAACUGGGCCGGUGUCGAUAUGAUAGUGUGUUGUGAAGCUGGCGGCUUCGUCUAUGCCUCAGCGCUCGCGUUACGGGUUGGUGUACCUUUAGCGCUGAUCCGUGAGGCGGGAAAGUUGCCCCCGCCUACCAUUUCUCUCCCCAGGAGUGCAUCGCAUAUAUCGGCAUCUGAUACUUCCAAGUCAAAACAUAUUGAGAUUGGCUUGGAUAUCAUCCCUAGAGGGGCAUCAGUGGUCGUGGUAGAUGAUGUGCUUGCCACAGGGAACACGCUUUCAACAGUUCUACAGCUUCUAAGUGAAGCUAAUGUUAUCACCGACGAUAUCAAAGUUAUGGUUGUUGCCGAAUUUCCUCUCCAUCGUGGUCGGGAAUUGUUACGGCAGCGGGGGUUUGGUAGAGUCCAUAUUCAAAGCCUUUUGGUUUUUGAUGGUGCUUAG